UAAGAAUAAUACAAAUUGUAUAAACAACAAAACUGAAAUGUUAACAUGUCGAAAAUACCCAAGACAACUCUCAAUAUAAAACAGUUUAUGCUGCGACAGGAGGUGUUAAAGCUUUACCGUGAUAUUCUUCGCACCAUACGUCAAGUGCCGGACAAGGGUAGUCAGUGGGAGUUGCGCUCCUGGGCCCGUCAUGACUUUCAAAAUAAUCGAGGACAAACCGACGAAGUGGCUAUAAAAAUGCUGUUGCAGCAUGGUCGACGGAGCCUUGGCGAGCUACAAACGAGUCUGGAGCUGAGUGGCGUGGUGAAAAAUAAGGGCAAAUAAGGAAAAUGCCUGUUUAUUUGAGCCUGACAAACGAUGCAUUACAACCAUUACAAAUAAAUAUUAAAAACUAACACAUUUCCGUGUCCAAAGCUAUAAAACCUUUAAGGUGCUACAAA